CACGGACUGGCGGGGAACGACGAGCGAGCGAGCGAGCGAGCGAACAGCUACCCGGGUUCGAUCCCCCAUUAAUCCGCCGCACACGCAACGUCCGCCCUUCCCGCAGUACAUACAUACAAAAAAAAAGACCACUGCGCUACCCUCAACGACGAACUACUACCUACCUCUUAUCGCUCUGGACUAGAGCUGCUACUACGUUGUUUGGAGAAGAGAAGAGACGUCUAGCACUACACCGUUUGUUUCGUUGUCGUCAUGGUCGGCGCGGAGGGGAAGUCGAUGUUAGGAGAAGCGGCGGAGAAGCUGGGGUUCAAGGCGAGGGAGGAGAGGGGCGUGGGAGCGCAGACUGCUGCUCCUGUUGAUGCCGGCGCGGCGGCGGCGAAGGAAGAUGUCCCCGCUGUGACGACGCUGAGGAAUAGGGCGGGGGAGAGUAGGAGUCCUUAUGUGCGUGGGCAUAUGAAUAAUCCAGUUGCGUGGCAGAUUUUUGGGGAUGAGGCGAUUGAGUUGGCGAAGAAGCAGAAUAAAUUGUUGUUUAUUAGUAUUGGGUAUAGCGCUUGCCAUUGGUGCCACGUAAUGGAGAAAGAAUCCUUCGAGAACGACGAAGUCGCCGCGAUCCUCAACAAGGACUUCAUCCCCAUCAAGAUCGACCGCGAAGAGCGCCCAGACAUCGACCGCAUCUACAUGAACUUCGUGCAAGCCACGACCGGGUCCGGCGGCUGGCCUCUCAAUGUCUUCGUCACCCCGACCCUCGAGCCGGUGUUUGGAGGCACGUACUGGCACGGCCCGCACUCCAACACCCCCCAGCUCGAACUCGAGGACCACGUCGACUUCCUCGGCAUCCUCAGCAAGCUCUCCCAAGCCUGGCGCGAGCAGGAAUCCAGAUGCCGUCUCGAUUCCGCGCAGAUCCUACAGCAGCUCAAAGACUUCGCCGCAGAGGGCACUCUCGGCGGCGGCAGCGCUACCAAAGCGGGCGCCGAGCCAGCAGCAGGGGGGUUGGAUCUCGAUGUCAUCGAUGAGGCCUACCAGCACCUCAUGUCCACCUUCGACACGACCAACUCCGGCUUCGGCGCCGCGCCCAAGUUCCCCACGCCCAGCAAACUGUCCUUCCUGCUCCGGCUGCCGCAUUUCCCGCAGCCGGUCCUUGAUGUUGUCGGCGCGGAGGAGGUCAAAUCUGCGCAGUUCAUGGCGCUUUCCAGCCUGCGCGCCAUGGCGAGGGGAGGGAUCCACGAUCACAUCGGCCACGGCUUCUCGCGCUACAGCGUCACGGCGGACUGGUCGCUGCCGCACUUUGAGAAAAUGCUGUACGACAACGCGCAGCUGCUGCAUGUGUACCUGGACGCCUUUCUCGGGCUGCAGAAACCGGACGCGGAGCUUCUGGGCGUUGUUUACGAUCUCGCUGCGUAUUUGACUUCUGCGCCCAUUGCGAGAGAGGGGGGCGGAUUUUACAGCUCCCAGGAUGCGGAUUCGUUUUACCGCAAGGGGGAUAAGGAGACGCGCGAGGGGGCGUACUACGUCUGGACUGCGCGCGAGCUGGAGACUCUCCUCCCCAGCGGCGGCGCGGCGGAUAUCGUAUCCGCGUUCUUCGGUGUGAGUCCCGAUGGCAAUGUAGCGCCUAGCCACGACGUGCACGACGAGUUCAUCAACCAGAACGUCCUCCGCAUCGCCUCCACCCCCUCGCAACUCGCGUCGCAAUUCGGCAUCUCCGAGUCCGAGGUCGUGGAGACGAUCAAGGCCGCGAAGCGCACCCUUCUCGCGCACCGAGAAGCCGAGCGCGUCGCUCCGAAUCUGGAUGAUAAGAUUGUAUGCGCGUGGAACGGGAUAGCGAUUGGGGCGCUGGCGCGCGCGGGAUCGUCGCUGAGGGAGGUGGAUGGGGAGAUGUCGGAGAAGUGUCUUGAUGCUGCGAUUAGGGCGGCGAGGUUCGUGAGGAGGGAGAUGUAUGAUGAGGAUGCUAAGACGCUGAGGAGGGUGUGGCGCGAUGGGCCGGGGGAGACGGCGGGGUUUGCGGAUGAUUAUGCGUUUUUGGUUGAGGGGCUGCUGGAACUGUAUGAGGCGACGUUUGAGGAUGAGUGGGUUAGGUGGGCUGAUGAGCUGCAGGCAACCCAAAUAACCCACUUCCUCGACCCCCUCUCCUCCGGCUUCUUCGCCACCGCUGCCGCCGCCCCACACACCAUCCUCCGCCUCAAAGACGGCAUGGACGCCUCCGAACCCUCCACCAACGGCGUCUCGGCCUCGAACCUGUUCCGGCUCGCCAGCCUGCUGGGGGACGACAAGUACGAAGCUCUUGCGAAGGAGACGGUGAGCGCGUUUGAGGCGGAGAUUAUGCAGUAUCCGUGGUUGUUUGGCAGUUUUAUGCCUAGUGUUGUGGCGGGGGUGACGGGGGUUAGGGGGGUGGUGAGGGUGGGGGCGGGGGAGCCGGUUGUGCCUGGCGUGACAGCAGGUACGGCAGCUCCUAUGGUGGAGACUGGUGUUUCUGCUCCUGCUCCUGCUGCUGAUGCGGCUGCUCCUGCGCCCGCGUCUGCGGCAGCGGAUGGUACCGCAGUUGCUGUUCCUGCAACAGCUGGUGCUGAGCCAGCUAUCCCCGCUGCUGCGGACGCUUCCACGACCGGUAUCACGACAGCUGUCGCGGAUUCUGUCAUGGAUGUUGUCACGGGAUCUUCCACCGACGCUUCCACGACCACAGACACCCCCACCAGCAUCCCCAGCGCGACCGACGUAACCCCACCACGACACCCCAUAGCCCUCGACACCACGCCUUCAGGCGGCCUCGUCGAAGCCGGGGAGACACCCCACCCCGCCCCUAAGGCUGGGACGAAACUACCGCCGUGGCCGAGGCCGAAGGCGAAGGGGGGGAUCGAGACGGUGAGUUUUGUGGGGGGCGGGUAUGGGGCGUGGAUUGGGGGGAGGAGUAGGGGGUUAGGGGAGCUGGCGGAGGGAGGGAAGGGCGAGAGGGUGUUGGUUUGUGAGGGGGGGGUGUGUAGAGAGGUGAAGGGGGACGAGGUGGAAGAGGUUUGGUGA